AUGAAGAACGAAAGCUCAUCACCAAAGUGCACAUCAAAGUCUGGAAAUUUUCCAAAAUCACGAAGAAUUUCGAAAAGUGGAUCAGUACCAAAUCUUGGUGAAUCAGCUCAUGUCACAAGUCCAUUAUUGAAAUCAUCAGUUGGAAGACGUGCUUCAAAGCAUCAUCGACAUAAUCAUCAACAUCACCAUCAUCAUGGCAAGCAUGGCAGUUUACUGCAUCGAAAGUUAAGAGAAAGCGAACGCAUCCAUCCCGGAUUAUUAAGAUUCCAUCGUCAUGCGAUAUCAGUAGAUGAGACGAGUCCAUUAACAAGGGAGUCGUCUCAUGGGUCACAAGUUUCUGUGACAUUUGAUCCAAAGCCCGAAAUCAUUGAUAUUGUUUCCAUUCAUAAAAAGCGUGAACGCACAAAGAGAUCAGAUACGUCACGCAAACAUGUUCUUUCUCGACAAAAACCUAUUGAAAAAGAUGAUCAUAGUCCGAAAGUUAAUCGUCGUCAUCAUAGAAGAAGUUCAACAAUGUCUGAGAGUUCCUUCUCGUCUAGACGAGCCGAAAGAAGUAGAAGAGCGUCGUCUGCUUCUAGAACAAGUUUCGAAUCUAAAUGCCACAAUAUCAGCAUAUCAUCAGCUGCUGAAAUCAAUGAUUCAUUACAACCUCAAAGUCCGCAAAAAAAUUCAAUUCUUUCAAUGGAAAAAGAUUUCAGAAGUCAAUUAUCAAUAUGCUCAGAGCCAACAGUCGCUAUCAGGCAAUUAUCAUGUCAAUCAAGUAUAGAACCAUGUGUUCCUGAAGAAAACAUCGAUGAAAAUGAUUCGUUCCAAAUGCCUUCCGAAACAUUCGCAAAGAUUGAGUCAACAGUAGUGACAAUAGAGAAUGAUACUCAAAAUCAACCCCAUCAACAACGUCCGGAGUCACUUAUUCUUAGCACAUCUACAAUUGAAGACAAUGCCAAUUUAUCCGAAGCAAAAAAGUAUCUUUUCAGAAGUCAAUCUACCAAAAGUUUCAAGAAACCUAAAUUGAAACCCUCAAAGGUUCUCAGUAAUGAUUUAGAUCAAAUAUACGUGAUAAGCAGUAAUAGUUGUGUGCGGUCGGAUAUGAAUGAUUAUUAUGAUUCCAUAGAAGUGAUACAUGAGAGACGAAGCAAAAACUUUUCCAAAUUCAACGAAACAAAAAGUUAUAAUGAUAAUGAAUUGGUGGUUACAAAUGACGAGAAUUCUAUUAAAACGACUGUUGAUGUUGAACCGCAUGAUAACUGA